AAAAAAACUUAUCCCACGAGAGGUCCCUGUACCAGUCAUGACUUACUUGGUGUCAGGUACAGCAUUGUAAACAAAACAGUUCUCCAUUCCCACCCACUCAGCUGCCUGUUGGUUACAUACAAGUUCUUUAUUAACUUCCUCUGCUUCGGUUUUUAAAGAUACGAACAAUAGUUUUAAUCUUUUAGUCCCCAGGGUGAUCAUAUUAUCAAAAUGAGGGAAAGGAAUUUUGGAGGGAAGGGACACCUGGUAAAGAGAUUAAUCGGAUAAUCCCACAAAGUAGGGUAGUUAAUUACCCCGUCUCAGGCAUUAUAAAAAGGAGUCAAAAGGAAAUGGUGCAAACGCAUGACCGUGAGCAGAGAGCUGGGACUGUAGAGUAUCACAGAGCUUACCAUCUCUGCACGGAUGUUAGAGAACAAACAGUAUGACACAGCAUACAUUGACGAUAUCAAAAUCCUAAGAUUAAAAACGACUGGUUUCUCCUGUUGUUGGGGUUCUAGGGAGGCAGAGUAAUAACUUGAGUUUAUGUUUCAUAUACUCAGUAAGAGUCAUAUGUUAUUUUCUUGACUUAUAUAGCCCCUUUCCCUUGUUUAGCUUUUACAUUAGAGAAAGAGAAUGAAGACUCAAACCCUUUUUGAUUGGCUUUUAUUUUAAUUGGAGCGAAUCAAGAUCUGAAGUCUAGGUUGCCACUUACUGGAUGGUGGUGAUCAGUUUUCCUAAUGUGGUACAGGGGCCUCUUGUAUACAAGUCAUUGGAGUUGCGUGCAAAUGGGGCACCUUACUGGGAUGCUAACCCUCAACUUGCUGAAUCAGAAAGCUGGGAACUCAGGAACUGCAGGGAUGGCCCGCACUAUGGAACCACUGGCAAAGAAGAUCUUUAAAGGAGUUUUAGUAGUUGAACUCGUGGGCGUUUUUGGAGCAUAUUUUUUGUUUAAUAAGAUGAACACAAGUCAAGAUUUCAGGCAAACAAUGAGCAAAAAAUUCCCCUUCAUCUUGGAAGUUUAUUACAAAUCUGUUGAACAGUCUGGAAUGUAUGGAGUCAGAGAGCAAGAUCAAGAAAAAUGGCUGAAUAGCAAAAAUUAAGACCAGUCAUCACGUUCAGCCUCCCAUCUAAGCUGUUUGAGACCUUUGUGGGGAAGAAGAAAGAUGAACACACCAUGUUGUAGACUCCUGGCCCCACAGAACAAAACAGGAACUUCUGGUCUGCUAUGGCUUAGUCAUUUCCCAUCCACUAUGCAAAUCCCCUGCUCUUGUUUGUUGCUUUCCUUCUGCAUUUAUUGUUAAAGAUUACUGUUUAACAAAUAAAAGACUAGGUCAACAAAGGAACAAAUACCCUAAAGAUUUUAUUUCCCCUGAACGCUUUUAUUGGCAAAAGAAGAGAAGCCAGUAACAAUAUCAGAAAUAAUGUCUAUAAAGUACUUAUAAAGCUACUAAGCAUACUAAUAUAUAAAAACUGCCUCUCUAAAAGAAUUAAACAGUUUAAAGUAACUACAGUCUUUAUUAAAAAAUGUUUUUUAUAUUUAUUUUGAGAGAGAGAGGGAGACAGAGUACACAAGUGGGGGAGGGGCAGAGAGAAGGAGAGACAGAAUCCCAAGCAGGCUCCGCACUGUCAGUGCAGAGCCUGAUCCCACAAACCAUGGGAUCAAGACCACAAAUCAUGGGAUCAUGACCUGAGCCGAAAUGAAGAGUUGGAUGCCUAACUGACUGCAUCACCCAGGCGACCCAAACGUAACUACAAUCUUUACUGCUGUAGUCUAAAUGCUUUUUAAUCCUACAUGCUCCCCAGACACUGAUGAAAAAAGCCAUUCCUUCAGGGUUGUAAGGAACCAUCUUAUUUAUCCUUACUAAAAAAGGUUGUCUAAAAAUACUUACGUCUUCGGAAGUUGUAAGUUAAGGCUACUUAAAAACCUCCAUAAAAAUUCAAGUUACUUACUUGCAUUGUCUUUGUUAGCCAUGGCAUUCAUGCCAAUGUUAUCAAACUUGGAUCCCAUAUUUUCAUCCAGUAGGUGGCCAAACUUAAAAAGAGAUACAUUUAUUAGAAAACUCAAAGCAGUGUAGAAUAGCUAGCUUUUUUUUAAAAGAUCUUAUUUUUUAAUCUCUCCACCCAACGUGGGGCUUGAACUCACAACCCUUAGAUCAAGAGUCCUGUACUGUACCAACUGAGCCAGCCAGUUACCCCCAGAGUAGCUAACAUCCUGAAGCAUAUUUUAACCUUACCUCUUCAGCUGAUACAAAUAGGCUGGAGUCAUUGAAAUUUCCUUUCUUUUUUUUCCUUGGUCCUAAAAAAAGUGUAAGUGUAGAUUAUUAAAUUGUAAAUCCAUUAAUUUUGGAAAAAUACAACAUUUUAAAAUUGAAGUAUAGUGGGCACACGUUACAUUAAUUUCAAGUAUACAACACAGUGAUUCAACAAUCUUUCAACAUAGUUUUGUUGUAAAAAAGUUGUAUUUGGGUUAAAAUACAGAAUUACAGUUUCCUCAUAGCACCAUUAAGUAGCUAGCAUUUU